AUGAUUCCUCUGCUCCAAAUCCUCGUUAUCUUGUUGCUUUUGGCCAGCAAAGCGGAUGCACGAUCGACCUCGAACGAUGAUCCAUCGUCAUCAUCGUCAUCAUCAUCAUCAUUCUCCAUCAAACUCCCACCAUGGGAGCAAUAUUCAGACUUGGACGGUGAAGAAGAUUCCAAUAGAAGCGGUUUGUUUGGUCAUGGUCGGGAAUUCAAGGUGUUUGGAUCAUCAUCGUCAUCAUCAUCAUCUGCUUCUGGUGGUGGUGAUUAUGAUACUUAUCGGGGUGGUGGUGGUGGUGGUGGUGGUGGAUAUUACCGUAGCAACGCGGCCAAAUCACAAAAGCGUGACUUUGUGGAAAUGUAUCGACGAUAUGGGUUGCCCGAAUAUGGCAGUGGAAGCAGACGCGGCGCAAAUAUCAACAGCAACAACAACAACAACAACAACAAUAUCAAUAUCAAUAAUAAUAUCAAUUGGAAACCUCCUUCGGUAUUUCGAGGGGUCCAUCAUUGGUGGAGGACUUCGGUGGGUCCCAAACUGGAGAAUUUGCCGCGAAUAGUGUGUCGGGUGGAACCCACCACGACGCUCAAACUGCGGAAAACCGUUCGACCUUUGGGAACCAUUGUGCAAAUGGGAGCUGAUUUCAAUACCCAACUGGGAGUAUGGCAAUUCAAAUCCAGCUGGGAAGAGCCAAUCAUUGGUGGCAAAUUGACGCUGAUUGGCAACGAAUUGCACAUUACCAAGUCUUGGCGAUUGUAUGUCGGAGCCGUGGAAGAUUUGGUGACCCGCUUGCGGUUUCGAGCUGCCAUUAAUUUGCAAACCUUUCAAGCCUACGCCCGAGUAGGAUUUCGCACCGAACGCCUGUCUCCCAUUAACGUCAUGGAGGGCUUUACCAUUUUGAAACGCCUUCCAUUGGAUGGAUCCGGUGGGAAUGUCAAGUUGGAAGUCAAGGCGAACGUGGCGCUGCCCGAACCGGAAAUUGAGUAUAGUACCGAGACGCAGCAACGAUCAUUGAUUGGCAUGGGGGAUGUCGAAGUGAGCAUUGAUGAAAUGAAUUUGUUACUAGACUACUAA